CAGUGCCUGCGGUCCACACCUGGCCGGCUUCCCCCAGAGCGGAUGGAGCUGUGGGCGGCGUCCGCGGCGCAGCGGCAUGGGACACCGGGCACCGGGCACAGCGAGGCAGCCUGUGGGCACUUGCCCGAUCCUAGCGCCAUCCUUACUGCUAUCUUGGCUCCCCGGAUUUUCCCUCGCUGCCCCUUUCCCCUCCGCCACCUCUUUGCAUGGCCUCUGUGGUCACUCCCCCUCCCUCUGUCUUGAGACAUCUCUUUGGGUCUCUGUUCCGGGCUUAGCCUAGGUUCCCAGAACUCGGAGCCCAACACAGCAGUCGGCAGCAUGAGCACCCCGCAGUCAGCUGCCUCAGAGAGUCCUACCGAGGGCACAAGAGGCCCAGAAGGACAGGCUGUGGCAGGUGUCCGGGAGAAGGGCCCUCGGCUCUGCCAGCGGCUGCCGUCUAUCGUGGUGGAGCCUACUGAAGUGGGUGCUGUGGAAAGCGGGGAGCUGCGCUGGCCACCUGAGGGCACCCAGAGGGUCACCCCUCAGAUCCAGGCUGCUGCUGCUCCUUCCCCGAGUCCACCAGGAGCACCAGGAAAGGAAGCAGAUGAUGAUGAUGGCAUCCAGGGUGCCAGCUCUGGGCCGCAGGCAUUUCCUGGUCCCGUGACAGAUGAGGGCAUGACAGGCUCUGCUCUCUGACCACUGAGAAGGCCUCGAUCCCAAGACGACUGGCUGAUUCACAGAAGAGGCUGGGCCCACCAGGACACCCAGCUCACCAAGCUUCCUGCCUGUCUAGGUGUGGCCAGGACUUCCACCCCUGCCUUUGUGCCCCCUGGCCCAGAUCUGGAGGAUAGCCCUCUUUGUCCAGUGGUUUGAAGCAGAAAUAAAGGCACCCUUCCUGGCGGCUAGGCCACCCUUGGUGGGUCCUUGAGGUGCUGGGGACAAUUUUGGUUCUACCGGUGGCAUUCUGAUCUCUCCCAAGAACCUAGGCUGAGUGUGGGAUGGGUAAGACCUCGGGGAUUUGGUGCUUGGCCUGGGAUGGGGAAUAGCAGGCUGAGCAGAGGCAGAAGGCUCCAGGGGCAGGUCUGUUCAGGGCUGCAGAGUGGAUUCCUCUACUGUCUCUGCCCAGGGACCCUCUCUCUGCUUUUCCUCAGCUAGACUGCCCAUGGCCACUGUUCCUGGUGGCCUCCCACUUCUGCUGGAGAUCUCCUGGGGGCCAGGCACCCCUUAUGCCCUCCAUCCUGGGUCCAUUAGGGCAUAAGGGUGGUACUAGGGUAAGGAGUCUUCCUCCAUCCUGGACCUCAUUAAUUCCUUGCAAAAGUCCUAUUUUUUUUAAUUCUUUCUUUUCAAGACAGAGUUUCUCUGAGUAGCAUUGGCUGUCCUUGACUCACUUUGUAAACCCAGGCUGACCUUGAACUCAUGGAGAUCUGCCUGCCUCUGCCUCCCUGAGUGCUGGCAUUACAGACAUGUGCCAUCCCCCCCCCCCCACAAAACUUCUAUUUUACAGAUGAAAAUUUAUGUGCAAAAGAGGUGCCUUGGGCUAGUUUUGGCCAGGGCAAUGGAGGCGACCCUCAGGCUAGUAAUCCAUUAAACUGCCAUUAGGACCCAUGUGGGACCUUGGGUGGGCACGCACCUCUUCCUC